GUUUUAGAAGUAUUAUUAAAAUUAUUAAAUUUCAAUUAUUAGUAUAAAAGAUUUAGUAUUUUUUCUCACAAUAAAUGGCGUAUUACUGGUUGCAUACGCUCCCGAUAAAAUUGUUUGUUGGGGGCUAAGUGAUUGUGGUUAUCAAAACAAAUUUUUAAUUUACAAUUCUUAUUUUUUUGUAUUCGCACAGUAAUCACGAAAGUUUGUAACUUAACCUAGUGGUACUGUAGUUUUGGUAAAUAUAGUGCACUUUCUUUGUUUACUUUUAGGUUAGUUUUUUAAACAAUACCAUGGAUGACUUCGUUUCUUGCCCUUUUAACCCCUUGCACCGUAUGCUCAAAGUCAACUUACAACACCACAUUAUUAAAUGUAUGAAGAACUACCCGGACUAUGUGCCUUGCAUAUACAACGCAAUGCAUAGAUUCCCCAAUAAAGAAAAAAUGAUUGAGCACAUUGCAACAUGCCCCUCACAAAAACUGGCUAUUAGUGAUGGAAAUACGCCACGAAGGGCGAAUACCGCAGCCGCCCCAAAUUCACUCCACGAAGGGAGAAAGUUUCACACGGACGAGGAAAAUUGGAACGUUGAAUACGUUUAAGGAGACAACUUAAAUUUUAAUGUAUAUAAGUGAAGUUUUUUUAUACAAUUGCGAAACGGAUUUUCGGACAAUUUGACAUUCAACUGACAAAAAUGUAAAACGGCCUUUAUGCAACUAACCUCACUUUUAGUUUUUGUCCUGACAGCUGGAGAAAAAAUGACAACAAAUCAAAUUAAUUCAUUAGACUUAGAUAAAGACACGUUGUUUCGUAAAACUGACGCCAAAAAAAAAACUUCAACUAAAACUUUCAAAUUUCAAAUGUCAAUCAUAAUGACAAUAAAGCGUGGCUUACAUUGACAUUUUUUGAAUGGACAUGUCCAAAAUCCGCUAUUGAAUUAAUAAUACCUUAGAAUAUGAGUUUAUUCAUUUAAUCUUGUUUGUAAAUUUAUGGACACAAAUGAAUUUGAUUUUAAAUUGUCAAAAUAUAGGAAGUGCAGCCAA